ACGGCAGGUCCGUGCUGUCUCGAACCACAGAAACCUAGGAGAACUCCACGAAGCACCCUUAUGCUAAGCAGCUCCCAGAGCUGUCCAGCCACGCCGGAUCCCCUCCCCCACCGCGCCGACCUGUCCCGCCUUCUAACCUCGACCCCGAGCCGUAAUGAUCCUGCAACAGCCCCUGGAGCGAGGCCCCCCAGGGCGGGACCCACGGGCCACCACUGGGGUGACUCUUGGCCUGGAUACCAGGGAACCCUUGCACAAGCACUUCCUGUCUGAGGAGAACAUGGCCACCCAUUUCUCCCGACUCAGCCUACAUAAUGACCACCCCUAUUGCAGUCCCCCUGUGACUUUUCCCGAAGCCCUGCCACCACUCAGGAGCCCUUGCCCCGAGCUGCUUCUCUGGCGCUAUCCCGGGAGCCUGAUUCCUGAGGCCCUCCGGCUGCUGAGGCUGGGGGAUAACCCCAGUCCCUACUACUCUGCGUCCCCAGCUGGGGAGAUCAUGGAGCUCUGAGUGUCGAUGACCUGUGUCCCUCCCCACCUUCUUCCUGACUAUAGAGACCAGCAACUCCCAGAAAGGGAUGAAGGCCUUCUCCAAACCCGGUGCCUGGCCACCAGGACCUUCCCCUGACAGGAGGACACUGAGCUCGGUGGAACGUUAGAUUCGAAGCAGCCUGGGAAGAGAAGGUGUCACCCCAUUAGUGAAUAAAGACCUGUGAGCAGUU